CGGCGAGCCUUCGCUGCCAGCAGACGGGCCUGGCCGGGCCCCGCGCCGUUGGCGGCGGCCGUGGCCGGAGCGGCCUUGACCGGAGCUGGCGUGGCCUGGUACAAGGGCCGCAUGAAUUUCGCGGCGCCCCAGGGCAGCCUCAUCGUCUUAGCGCAGGAGAAUAUUGAAAGUGCCAUAAUCUACAUAGAGAAACUGUCUCUUCGAAAACAGCGCUUCAUGCAGUUUUCUUCGUUGGAACAUGAAGGAGAACAUUACAUGACACCACGAGACUUCCUCUUUUCAGUAAUGUUUGAUCAAAUGGAACGUAAAACUUUAGUCAAGAAGCUGACAAAAAAGGAUAUCGAGGAUAUAUUGGCAGGAUUCCAAAAAGCUCAUUGUGGACCUUCCUUUUUUAGAGACCUUGGUGAUAAAGGCCUCAUUUCGUAUACUGAGUAUCUUUUCUUGCUUACAAUCCUUACCAAGCCCCACACUGGGUUUCAUGUUGCUUUUAAAAUGCUGGAUUCAGAUGGCGAUGAGAUGGUUGAGAAAAAGGAAUUUUUUAAGCUGCAGAAGAUCAUAAGUAAACAAGAUGACUUCAAGACAACGACAACUCAUGAUACAGAAUACCUGGAUCCUAAAGUGAAAGAAUCUGACAUUAAUACAACUCUUCAGUUACGUUUCUUUGGAAAAAGAGGAGAGAAAAAACUUCAUUAUAAAGAGUUUCGAAGAUUUAUGGAAAAUCUACAAACAGAGGUCCAAGAAAUGGAAUUCCUUCAAUUUUCUAGAGGUUUAAAUUUCAUGAGAAAAGAAGACUUUGCCGAAUGGCUCCUUUUUUUCACUAAUACUGGAAAUAAAGACAUUUAUUGGAAGAAUGUGAGAGAGAAGUUGUCAACAGGAGAGAACAUUAGUUUGGAUGAGUUCAAAUCAUUUUGCCACUUUACAACCCACUUGGAAGACUUUGCGAUUGCCAUGCAAAUGUUUAGUCUAGCUCAUCGUCCUGUCAAGCUCGCGGAGUUUAAGAGAGCUGUGAAGGUUGCUACAGGACAGGAGCUCUCCAACAACAUUCUGGACACUGUCUUCAAGAUCUUUGACGUGGACGGGGAUGAAUGUCUUAGCCACGAAGAGUUUCUGGGGGUGUUGAAAAACAGAAUGCAUCGAGGUUUAUGGGUACCACAGCAGCUAAGUGUACAAGAAUACUGGAAAUGUGUGAAAAAAGAAAGCAUUAAAGGAGUAAAAGAAGUCUGGAAACAAGCUGGAAAAAAUCUUUUUUAA